AUCCACAACCUUACCUUCCCCACUCAAAAUCCCUCCCCUCCCAAAACCCGUCUCCCUCCCUCAUCCCCAUCUCCUCCGACUCCCAGCUGCCGCGUCCAAUGGAGUCCUCCCUCCUCCUCUCCUCCACCCGCCCCCUCAAGCCCUUCCUCCCGCUCCCGCUCCCACUCCCACUCCCUUUCCCCUCCGUUUGUCUCCGCCACGCCACCCUCCGCGCGAGGCCUCCGCGGCCCCUCGUAAACCGGCGGGGCGCGUCGUCGUCGUCACCCGUCGCGCCGCGCGCCGCGCACGAGGCGUUCGAUGACGGCGUUCGCAGCCAGGACAGCCCCCCCGGGGUCGGCCGCGGGGGCGCGCGCCGGAGGUCCUACCGCGAGGCGCAGGGGGAGGCGGCCGUGCCCCCCGUGGCGGCGGCCGCGAGGGCCGUCGCGCCCUACGUCGUGCCCGCCGGAGCAGUGUUCGCCCUAAGCUUUGUUUUAUGGAAGGUGGUUCAGAAUUUGCUUCCCCAGAAGACAAAGGACCGGAACUCUGGAGAGUCUGUGCCUUCUGGGGCCAUGUGGUCCUUCGCUGCUGGUUCCAAUUUGGCAACAUCUACCUUCAACGCUCAAAAGGAGUCGAGGAAAAAUCUUAACAAGUUCUACAAAGAACUUCGGACCUUGAAAAGCGUAAACAUGGCAGGUCGUCAGUUUGGGGAUGAGGGUCUGUUUUUUCUAGCAGAAAGCUUAGCCUAUAACAAGAGUGCAGAAGAGGUGGACUUUUCUGGCAAUGGGAUAACAGCUGUGGGGAUAGAAGCCUUUGAUGGAAUUCUUCAGAUAAAUACAGCUUUAAAAACUCUCAAUUUAUCUGGAAAUGCCAUUGGAGAUGAAGGCGCUAAGUGUCUUUCAGAUAUAUUGGUAGAAAAUGUAGGCAUUCAGAAGCUCCUACUGAACAGUACCAAUAUUGGAGAUGAGGGCGCCAAAGCAAUUUCUAACAUGCUGAAAAAGAAUAAAACAAUACGUAUUCUACAGCUCAGCAACAACACAAUUGAAUACAGCGGUUUUGCUAGUAUUGCAGAAGCCCUUCUAGAGAAUAAUGCGAUACGGAGCUUGUAUAUCAAUGGCAACUAUGGCGGUCCUCUUGGUGCAUGCAGCCUGGCACAAGGAGUUCUAGGGAACAAAUCUUUAAGGGAAAUUCACUUGCAUGGCAAUGGGAUUGGGAAUGAAGGGAUACGUGAGUUGAUGUCAGCAUUAUCUGCUCACAAAGGGAAGAUCACGGUUGUGGAUAUUGGCAACAACAACAUUAGCUCAGAAGGUUUACUUCCUGUUGCCGAGUUCAUUAAAAGGACAAAGUCUUUACUGUGGUUCAGUCUUUACAUGAACGACAUUAGCGAUGAGGGAGCUGAAAAGGUUGCGGAUGCUCUGAAACAUAACAAAACAAUUUCUACCAUCGACUUGGGUGGUAAUAAUAUUCACUCUAAAGGGGUCAGUGCAAUAGCUGAAACUUUGAAGGAUAAUACAGUACUGACAACAUUGGAUUUAAGCUAUAAUCCAAUUGGUUCAGAAGGGGUAAAGGCUUUGUGCGAUGUCCUCAAGUUCCAUGGGAAGAUCCAAACCCUUAAGCUUGGCUGGUGCCAGAUAGGUGUGUCAGGUGCAGAGUUUAUUGCUGAUUGUCUGAAGUACAACACAACGUUGUCAACACUAGAUUUGCGGGCAAAUGGACUUGGAGAUGAUGGUGCUAUAUGCUUGGCACAAAGUUUCAAGAUAAUCAAUGAAUCUUUGAUGUCACUUGACCUGGGUUUUAAUGAGAUUAGAGAUGAUGGAGCAUUUGCAUUGGCACGAGCACUUAAGGCUAAUGAAGAUCUUGCAGUCACAUCGUUAAAUCUUGCAAACAACUUCUUCACUAAAUUUGGACAGGUUGCUCUAACUGAGGCGCAGGACCAUGUAUAUGAGAUGAGCGGAAAGGAGAUAGACAUUUACUUUUAGAUCUCACUGGUUUCUCUGAGCACAAUACGGGCCAUGGAGUGGUUUACGUGGCUCUGCAUUGAAGGCAUGAUUUCUGCACAAUAUACCACAUGCUCAAGGAUUUGCAUUCAUCAAGUAGGUCAAAUAAUAAAACCAAGGGUGAGCAUGCUUUAUGCCUGUAUAGAAAAUUUUGGUGAAGUAGUUAGCUCUGUAGGUUAGCCAUUCAACUGUUUAUAUGCAAGUUUGUUUCUCGACAUUAAUCUUGACUUGACCAUUCAUAUUGGUUGGAAUGGAUAUGAUGAACAUUACAUAUUA